AUGCUAGAGUACUGGGACACGGCUAAUGCGGUGAGGAAGUCUAAAACUUGUAAUGAGGCCAGAAAUUCAGAUAGUGCUGGCUAUGGUAAACCUCGCCAUACAUGCGAAUCAAAGGGCUUCCUCAAAAUUGAAUUCGAAAUGACUGAAGAAAAUAAUAGUGUCAAGCCUUCUAUCAUUGCUUUGAUUAAGCGGACUCACACCAAAGCAAAUGGAACAUUCGUGGACAAAUACGCUGAGGAAAUCUGUGAGGAAGUGUAUAGCUUGGCAGCUCAAAUGUCCCCUGCCACUUCAGAUGAUGAGUAUGACAGUGGAGAUGAUUCCACUGUCUCAACACCUUGGCCAAUCAUGCUGAAUAAGGCAUUCUAUAAGCGUGUUCCGGUGAGAAAAGGAAACCGGUUUGGGUUGGGCUCUAUUCAUCAUCAUGAACAGGUACAACACCAACACCAGGAACCACCCAACAACAGCCUCACCAGCAACCACCAUCUUAGCCUAGUUCACAACAACCAGUGGAGGAUUGAACUUGUCCAGUAG